CCCUGAGGAACAAGAUGGCGCCGCCGGUGCAGGUCUCUCGGCUCAUCAAGCUCGGCCGCUACUCCUUCUUGUUCCUCGGCAUGGCCUACGGAGCCACGCGCUACAGUUACCUAAAACCUCGGGCAGAAGAGGAGAGGGGGAUAGCGGCAGAGGAGAAGAAGAAGCAGGAUGAACUGAAACGGAUUGCCAAGGAAUUGGCAGAAGCCCAAGAGGACACCAUACUUAAAUGAGUGACCCUCUCAGCCUCUCUUUGGAGCCGCAGCAGAUGAAUAAAGCUUCCUGGGUUGUA